UUUAAAGGAUGCCUCCAGGGGCGGGUGCUGACCGGUCAGGGGUCAAUUGAGUGGCAGACGCGGGGCUUACUACUGGAGCCUAAUAGGCUUAGGCAAUUCAGUUCUUGCCAUGACAGGGUGCAGCCCUGUGUUUGCAAUGCAACACUUGGUAGGUGUACCCCGUAUACUGGUACGGAGAACCUUCCUUGGAACGGACUUCAUCAUGACAAGGACUCUGUGCAGUCCAGGUCCCAGACAGCCUAGAGAGAAGCGACCAGAAGCUGCAGCCUUAGGGCUCUUUCACCGCCUCCCAGAAUUGGGAAGAACACUGAGCCACACCGUUCGCCAUCAAGCAGCCUCUACUGCCAAGGCUUGGUGGGACAGAUAUGAAGAGUUUGUGGGACUCAAUGAAGUUCGGGAGGCCCAGGGAAACGUGACAGAGGCGGAGAAAGUGUUCAUGGUGGCUCGUGGGCUUGUUCGAGAAGCUCGGGAAGGUUUGGAAGCUCAGCAGACUAAGCUGAAGGAGGUGAGGGACCGCUUGGACCGAGUCUCCAGGGAGGACAACCAGUACCUGGAACUGGCCACUUUGGAGCAUAGGAUGCUACAGGAAGAGAAGAGGCUCCGAAUAGCAUACCUGCGUGCAGAAGACUCAGAGCGAGAGAAGUUCUCUCUCUUCUCUGCAGCUGUGCGGGAGAGUCAUGAGAAAGAGCGUACAAGGGCUGAGAGGACCAAGAACUGGUCCCUUAUUGGGUCAGUCCUAGGAGCUCUGAUAGGUGUGGCUGGUUCCACCUAUGUUAACCGUGUCCGGCUACAAGAGCUGAAGGCCUUACUCCUGGAAGCACAGAAAGGUCCUGCGAGUCUCCAGGAAGCCAUCCGUGAACAGGCUUCUAGCUAUUCCCUCCAACAGAAAGACCUCCAGGACCUUAUGAUGGAUCUGAGGGGCCUGGUGCACGUCGAGCAGGGCCAGGGCUCCGGGUCACCAACAGGUUCUUCUACGGGAGGAAAAGACAUAGAUGGCCUUUCAGCCACCAUGAAAGAGCAGCUCCGUCAUUCCAGGCAGGUCUAUUCCUGCCUAGAGGGUUUACGAGAGCAGCUUGAUGGCCUGGAAAAGACUUGCAGCCAAAUGGCUGGGGUGCUUCAGCUGGCACAGGCUCCAGCACAUCCAGGCACGGUGGGGCCGGUGGAUGGGGCCCUGCCCAGCUCCUUGCUGGAACACGGGAGUGUGAUCUUGGCCCUGUCAGAGAUGGAGCAGAGGCUAGAAGCCCAGGCUAACAGGAACACUGUCUCUAGCACACUGGUCACCUGUGUGACUUUCAUCGCCACAUUGCCUCUGCUCUACAUGCUGUUCAAGACCAGUUAGCCCUGGGGACCUUCUUCAAAGGGACUGAAGGGUAAAUGUAGCUUUGGUUGGUGAUAUAAUGAAUCUUGAGGCCAUCUGAGGGGCUCAUCAUCUGAGGUAUAUUUUAUUUUGUAGGUAGUACCUAUUUACAUUAAUUAUCGAAGUUUUGUGCAAAUGUCCAAUUAAAAUAUCUAAGAAUUUGUAUUAUUUAAAA